UUACGAGCCAAGUAAAACCUUCAUUUGUCCUUGAAAGGAUCAGAAUCCUAUUUUUGGCAGACCUUACCGCAUCCAAUUUGUGUCUAGAUUACUAACGGUCGAUUCAACGAUUUCUUGGAUUACCUUUAUAGGUAGAUAUCGCCUGCUACUAGUAGUCUUAUAUCGUCGACAACCAAACCCGGAGAAAGUUUACUACUAAAAGAACACCAUCAGCCAGAGUGUUCCCGAUUGACAUCUUCAACUGCCAUACAUUUUACUCUACACACUCACUAGAAUCAUCAUUCUCUGAUGUAAAUACAGAGGCGUGAACGUGAAAUUCAGUGAAAAAAGAGCACGACUUUUCGUGUACCAGUUAUUGUCGUAUUUGCCAAAAUGUUCAAUAUUAGAAAUCUGGUCAGCAGAAUAUCGCAGGCCAAAGAUGGAGAUGCAAGUGAAACAUCUUCAAUUAGGAGUCGAACAUUGUCACAAGUGAGCAGUGUAUACACAGAUGAAGGAGCUGUUCCUGUUGAAGCCGAGGGCUUUCUUUGUCCUACUUGCAUGGCAGCCUUUCCAUCUGCGGAUAGUCUUCAGUCUCACUAUGAAACUGAACAUUUGGAACCAGGAGCCAAUUACCUUUGCCCAGUCUGUAAAGCAAGGCUGGACAAUGCAAGUGAAUUAGAACUCCAUUAUUCUGUUCACCAUUCUGCAUCUUCUGCGAGAGCCACAGGGGACACAGAAGUCCUGAUGCAGGAAAUCAAUACCCUUACCUCCUCUCUAAAUGAAGAGAGGUGGAAUUCAGAGGAGCUGCUUAAAGAAGUUGGCCAACUAAAGGCAUUGCUCAAAGCUCAGGGAUCAGGUGAAGAACACCACAUGUAUCAGCAGCAACUCCAGGGCUUGUCAGAAACAAAAUCACUUUUGACUUCUGAAGUCGUUCUUCUUCGAAAGCAACUGGCUGAGGCAUUGGAAACGACACUAAAUCUGAAGCAGGGUCGAGAAAAGCUGGAAGAAAAAACUGCCAGGCAUUCGCAGACUGUCGUGCAAUUACAGGCCUCACUUGAUGAAAAUGCUGGUCUGAUUGCCGCUUUGAAGGAAAAUAUCAAGGGUCUCGAAUCACAAUUGGCGCACAAAUCUACUGUGGAUGAUGCCGAAGUUCUGAAGAAAGAGCUUGCUUCUGUCCAACGCUUGAUGGAUGACUUAGCUACAGUCAAAGAGAGAGAACUUGGUGAUUUACAAAAGCAGCUGGAAGUCCUGCAGUCUGAUUAUGAAGCCUUAAAAAAUCAGCACAAUUCGUCAAGCGAAAUCAUAGCCGAAGUUCAACCUUCGGAACCCAAAACUGAUGAUGGAGAUCUCUUGGUGCGUUUGCAACAACUAGAGGCUGAGAAUUUUCGUUUAGAGAAUGAAUUGACACGCCAAAAGGAGGAGACAGAUGAAGUUAGAAGGUUCUUUGCUGAUAAAAGCGAUCAAUUGUUAUCAAUGCAACAUAUGAGGGAAGAAACAGAUGUUUGUGUGGGGCAGCUUCGACAAGAAGUGACCUCGCUCCAGGAAAUGCUAAAUCAAGCUCGUCACCAGGCAGAAGGACAAGUUUCUGAAAAGGAAGACGAGCUAAUGCGCUUCAAGUUGGACUUGUCUAAACAUCAACAACAAGUAGUUGACGAAUUGGAAACAAAAUGCCGCAGCUUACAACAAUCCAACGACCAGCUUAGUAAGAGUCUUUCGCAGAAGGAGCGAGAAGUGGAAGAACGUAAUCAAUCGCAGCAUCAGAUGACCGCCAAAUUGGCUCAAUCAGAGGAAAAGAUAUCUCGUCUAGAACAGGAAAGAACGGAACUUUUAGCAACGAUUGAAAAGGGCGAAGGUUUCGAUGCAGCCAUUCAACAAAUUCAGCAAGACAAUGCUCGGUUGCAGGAGGAACUAGCAGAGUCCAAAAGCACCAUAUCUGCAAUGGAAAGUCAACGGAAAGUUAAAACGGAUGAAUGGAUCGCAGGAGAAAGUCAACUUAAAGAAGAGAAGAUGAAAUUGCAAGAGCAACUGUCCAACUUGUCAAAAGAACUUGAUAGUACCAAAGAAAAGCAAGUGCACCUCCAGAAGUUGUUUGACGAUGCGAAUAGAGAGAUUACAGAUUGGCAAAAUAAAUGUCAUCACCUAGAGUCGAAAAUGAGCGAGAUGGAGAAGCACAACCUUCUUCAAGAUAAACAGUUGUCAGAGAAGAGCAGUGAACUCGCUAAAUUGCAUUCUGAACUACAAGGUGCUAGAGAAGAAUUCUCCCAGAAAGAUAAAGAGAAAAAUGAACUGGUAAUGAAGUUGGAGCAAAUCCAGGGACACACAGAGAAGUUGGAAAAGACCAUUGCUACUCUGGAGGCAGAACUUAGCCAGUUAAAGUCAACUUAUCAAGAGAAUGUCAAACAGUUGGAUCAAGUGCAAAACCAAUUAACUGAUAAAACUAACACUAUAAAGAGAUUGGAGGAACGUGUCACUGAGCUUGAACCACUUUCGGAAGCUGUCGAACAAGAAAAGCUGCGUCGUAUUAAAGAAAAGGCCGAGUGGGGUGAGCACGAGCAGUUGUUGAGAGGUGAGAAAGAUUCACUCGCAACUCUUAGUACGCACCUUCAGCAACAACUAGACGAGCAAACGACUGAGCAUCGCAUCCAUUUGCAGCGGCUCAAAAAUGAAUCGGAAGGUUUGCUAAAAGACAAAAAUCAGCUUAUCGAACAAUUGAAUACAGCCAAGGAAGGACGAGCAAAGGAAAAUAGCGCAUGGUUAGAAAAACAGACGAAGCUAGAAGAAGAAAUUAAGACGCUGAAGGGUAAUUUAAGUGAAGCUGAAGACCUAUCGGCAACCCGCUAUCAGCGCUGUGAAGAGUUACAGGCAUCGGCAGAGAAAUAUCAUACACUUAAGAUUGAGCUUGAAACUCGGGUAGCGUUGCUGGAGGAGGGAAAAACAGAACUGCAAAACAAUUGCAAUCAGUGGGAGAAUGAAGUGGACAGACUUAAGUUCAACGCUGCUGAACUACGUCGUCGCCUAGAAGAUUCGCAAGCUGCUUUACACGAACUCGGCCGAGAAAAUCAGAGUCUUCAGAUGGAAAACGCCAAAUUGCAGGGUCGAAAGUGGGCGGAUGAUUCCGAAGUGAAUGAUUGUCUGAGCUGCCAAAAAGGCUUUAAUCUAACGGUUAGGAAACAUCACUGCCGCAACUGCGGCCAAAUAUUUUGCAACGAGUGUUCUGGUAAAUCGACUGCCGUUGGUAAUAGCCGGAAACCCGUCAGGGUUUGCGAUUCAUGCUUUAAGGAGUUGACUAUAAACUCUCCGCGCUAAUACUUAUUAUAUUCCGUGUCGCCCUCCCCCCUUUUUUUUAAUGACGUUAAUUAUGAGUGUUUAUGUUCAGUUUACGAUGAUUGAAGUGCUCCAUAUGAGAUAUUAUAAGGGAGGCGUGUUUGGUAUUCUAAUUUCAAUAUGAAAUAAAUGUGUAUUUGGUCUA